AUGAGCAAUUCCGUGCCAGACCUCGACGCCGUCGGCAUCAAAGCAGGUCCCGAAUUGGCCAAUCAAUUCCGUCGCGAGGUCGCAUCCCUCCUCGGCCGCAGCAACCUCAGUUUCCCCGGCGCACAACCGGUUAGCUUCUCUGGUCGACACCUCACCGAGCUUCAACGGGAAGACUACUACGUCUGCGAGAAAACGGACGGUAUCCGCUGUCUGAUGUACUUUGCGCGCGGAGACCCAGACUCGGAGACCCCCGAAAUCCACUACCUGAUCGAUCGCAAAAACGAGUACCGCUACGUGCCGGGCCUCCAUUUCCCGAUGCCCAAUGACGACACCUUCCAGUCGUUUCACAUCGACACUUUGGUGGACGGCGAGCUGGUGAAUGACACCUACGACGAUGGGACGCAGCAGCUGAAAUACUUGGUCUUCGACUGCCUGGUGCUGGACGGACAGAGCCUGAUGCACCGCACGCUGGACAAGCGACUGGCGUAUUUUAAGGAGAAGGUGCUCAAACCCUACAACGCGCUGUACCAGCGCUUUCCUGAGGAGAAAAAACAUCGCCUGUUCGCCGUCGAGGAUAAGUCCACGCAGUUCAGCUACGGCAUCGAGAUGAUGUUCCGCGAGAUCAUCCCCAAGGUCAAGAAAAUCCACGGCAAUGACGGUCUCAUCUUCACCUGUCGCAGCACCCCCUACCGCAUCGGAACCGACGAACACAUUCUCAAAUGGAAGCCCCCCGCCGAGAACACCAUCGACUUCCGUCUGCGCCUGGAGUUCCCCGUCCUCGAGCCCGACUCCGAAGACGAAGCGGAUGGCGUCACCGAGCCGUACCCCGACUACGACUCCAUGCCCGUCUUCCACCUGUUUGUGGGCCUCAAUUCCAACGAGUACCGGCCCUUCGGCGAGAUGUUCGUGACCCCCUCGGAAUGGGAAGAUAUGAAAGCCCUGCAGCAGCCGCUCGACGACUCCAUUGUCGAAUGCUCCAAGGACAAUCAGGGCCGGUGGCGAUUUCACCGUCUCCGCGACGACAAGGCGGAUGCAAACCACAUCUCGACCGUGGAGAAAGUCCUAGAAAGUAUCCAGGACCGCGUCACCGAGGAGGAUCUGAUCCGCGUGGCACCAUCUAUCAAGACUGCGUGGAAGAAACGCCAGGCGCAGAUGAUGGCCGAAGAAGAGGAACGAAAACGAAAGGCUCGACCGGCUCCAUCGUCCCAUGUGAAUGGGAACGGAGUGAAGCGGAAAUUCGAGGAAUCGUAA